AUUAAUCGCUGCAAUACCUAUUCGUAGUCCAAGUGUUUUGUUUUUUUUGAUAUUGAGUAGUGUUGGGUACCAAAUUGUGAUUCAGUUUUAUCUGUUUACAAAACAUAUGGUGAUACCAUUGAAAAACAAUUUGAUGGAUUGCCACAGUGAAAUGUAGUAGAAGUCGCAUAAAAAUAGUAAAUUUGCUCAUAUUUUACAUUAUUACAUGACUUUUGUUCGGUAGCACCAGAAACGGAUAGAAUUGCUUUCUAUAUACUAAAUGUCUUUUUAUAUAUGCCAAACUUGAAUAUCUACUAAUGCGAUAAAAUGGGUAAUUGCUUGAAAAUAAACAGUCAGGACGAUAUUUCACUUCUGCGAGGGAGCGAAAGUAUUAACACUCAAGAUUUCGCAGCCGAUCAAAGUGGUCCUCUCCCAAUUUAUUCGGAACUCCUGCAACCUGUUUUCUUUCCCUCUCCGUCGGUUAGACGUCCAGCGACGCAUCUAACCGAGGAAGAACAAGUGAAACUUGCGAAACGCAUAGGCUUAAUUCAGCAUCUGCCGAUCGGUGCAUACGAUGGAUCGAAAAAAACACGAGAAUGUGUAAUUUGUAUGGCUGAUUUUUGUGUUGAGGAAGCGGUGCGAUAUUUGCCAUGCAUGCAUAUUUAUCAUGUGCAUUGUAUCGAUGACUGGCUCAUGCGCAGUCUAACUUGUCCUAGUUGUAUGGAGCCGGUAGAUGCAGCUCUCCUAACAAGCUAUGAGACCACAUAACGUCGACAUUGUCAAUUGGUUUGAUAAGGAUUUUACGUCUAGAUGAAAUGUGUUUUCUUAUUUUAUAUAUACUAUGAUAUUGAGAAAAUAGUAUUGAAAGAAUAUAAAUACUAUAAUGCACAUAAACUUAACUUGGAUGUCUCAAAUAUUCUGAGGCAAGUGCUGGUAUUUUAUCUUUGAGCUAGUUAAAAUAUUAUUUAGACAUUUGGAUUAAAUACGAAAACUAUGUUAACCAUGUGUAUGUAAAACUAACGUAUGUUUUUUUAUAUAAUUGUGAACUUUUUUGGCAGUAUGAUUGGCGUUUAAGUAGAAACUGAAAAAAUGCCAGCUUCUUUUUUUUGAUUGAUGGUUUUAUUUAAGGAAUUUAAUAGUGAAAUUUUAUAAAUGAUGUGCGGUAGGCUUCCAUAUUUUGUAUGUAUAUAAAAAAUUGUGAUGAAACUAAAAUUAAGAAAACUCUAUAUAGGAUGUGAAAAGAGCUGCAGGUUUUAUGAGGAAAUGUUAUCCAUUCUCCCCAACUUAAAAGUUUGAAUGCAAAAUGAAAAAAAUAAACACGAAAUGAGAUAAAAA